GGCGCCGCGUCAGCUGAUCUCGGGCCGGUUGGGGUUCUCCGGUCCCGCCGCCCCCGCAGCAGCCAUGUCGUUCUUCCCGGAGCUUUAUUUCAACGUGGACAAUGGCUACUUGGAGGGACUAGUGCGCGGCCUGAAGGCCGGGGUGCUCAGCCAGGCGGACUACCUCAACCUGGUGCAGUGCGAGACGCUUGAGGACUUGAAGCUGCACCUGCAGAGCACGGAUUAUGGCAAUUUCCUGGCCAAUGAGGCAUCACCUCUGACAGUGUCAGUCAUUGAUGACCGACUCAAGGAGAAGAUGGUGGUAGAGUUCCGCCACAUGAGAAAUCAUGCCUACGAGCCGCUUGCCAGCUUCCUGGACUUCAUCACUUACAGCUACAUGAUUGACAACGUGAUCCUGCUCAUCACGGGCACGCUGCACCAGCGCUCCAUCGCCGAGCUCGUGCCCAAGUGUCACCCGCUAGGCAGCUUUGAGCAGAUGGAGGCCGUGAACAUCGCACAGACCCCCGCCGAGCUCUACAAUGCCAUUCUGGUGGACACACCCCUGGCGGCUUUCUUCCAGGACUGCAUCUCAGAGCAGGACCUUGAUGAAAUGAACAUCGAGAUCAUCCGCAACACACUGUACAAGGCCUAUCUGGAGUCCUUCUACAAGUUCUGCACCCUGCUGGGUGGGACCACAGCUGAUGCCAUGUGCCCCAUCCUGGAGUUUGAAGCAGAUCGCCGCGCCUUCAUCAUCACCAUCAACUCCUUUGGCACGGAGCUGUCCAAGGAAGACCGAGCCAAGCUGUUCCCGCACUGCGGGCGGCUCUACCCUGAGGGCCUGGCCCAGCUGGCUCGGGCUGAUGACUAUGAGCAGGUCAAGAACGUGGCCGAUUACUACCCAGAGUACAAGCUGCUCUUCGAGGGUGCAGGCAGCAACCCUGGAGACAAGACCCUAGAGGACCGAUUCUUCGAGCAUGAGGUGAAGCUGAAUAAGUUGGCCUUCCUGAACCAGUUCCACUUUGGUGUCUUCUAUGCCUUUGUGAAGCUCAAGGAGCAAGAGUGUCGUAACAUUGUGUGGAUUGCUGAGUGUAUUGCCCAGCGCCACCGCGCCAAGAUCGACAACUACAUCCCCAUCUUCUAGCAUCCUGACCCAGGGCUCCCCAGCACGCUGUGUGUGUCUGUGUGUGCUGUGACAAAGCCUGGGGCUUCCCCGCUGGCCCUAGGGGAUAGCACAUUGUCCUGGGGGCUGCCCAGCUCCCCUGACACUCCUUUGAGACUGCUCUUAGGCCUGGAAAGGGGCUGGGUACCUCAUUCCCCAACCAAGGGUGGACCAAGACCCCUCUUGAGCAGAGGACCCUUUGGCCCUGUGUUUACAGCUGCUACAUGUCUGAGAAUCAUGUGGUCACUUCCGUGUCCCUCCCUAACCUGAGAAUCUGGGCAUGUGUGAGCCUCCUUGCCCCUCUGUGGGUUACUCCCAGCACUAUGGCCCAUGGGAAGGGUAGUAUGUGUGUGUCCUUAGGGCGUGGGUAGGCAGCUCUGCCCCUCUGAGACAAUAAAACUGCCCCGUGUAA